UUCCUCUCUCUAAUUAGUUUCCCUCAUUGUUUUCUUUAUGCUCUUUGCUUUAUGUUCUUCAGCCGUCCCAGGCAAGAGGAAGCAAUAUCAUACACCAUGCAAACACUUGGUCCUCUUCUUCCACGAUAUCAUAUACAACGGAAACAAUGCAGCCAAUGCAACGUCCGCAAUAGUAGGAGCCCCAGAAGGUGCCAAUUUAACCAUAUUGGCAAAUCAGUUCCACUUUGGAAACAUAGUGGUUUUUGAUGACCCCAUCACAUUGGAUAACAACCUUCACUCCAAACCCGUUGGAAGGGCACAAGGCUUUUAUAUCUAUAACACCAAGAAUACCUACACUUCCUGGCUUGGAUUUACGUUCGUUCUCAAUAACACAGACCAUGACGGAACCAUCACUUUCGCUGGAGCUGACCCCAUCAUGCAAAAGACUAGAGAUAUCUCCGUCACUGGUGGCACUGGAGAUUUCUUUAUGCAUAGAGGAAUUGCCACAAUUAUGACCGAUGCAUUUGAAGGUGAAGUUUAUUAAGUUCUACGAGUGUUGGUGAUUAGUAAUUAUUGUAUAAGUUUAUGCUAAAUAAAGUAAGCAAUAUUUAAGGUGUCCUUUCA